AUGAUUCCAGACCUUGUUCGCCGCGUCAGCAGCCGCGACGCGCCUCCUGCACCGGCACCGGAGGCGGCACCGGCGGCGGCGGCGGAGAGCAGUAGCGCCGGAUUCGGGGUGGCAUUGCGGAAUGAGCGGAAGGGGACGCAGCGGCGCGACGCGAGGCAGCUCUCCAUCCACGUGGAGAGCCCGCGGCGGUCUCCAGCAGCCGCCACGCUGGCAGCGGGAUCUCCGCGGAGCCUGCAGAUUCUUGACUCGGAAGCUUCCAAGAGCGUUCGUCUGCACCACCGCAGGACCCAAAGCGGCGUCAUUUGUUCCAACAGUCACAUCAGCAGCCACGUCAGCAGCAACUCGGAUCUGGGCUCGCCUGUACGCGCUGCUCCUCGCGGCGGCAGCAAGAGCAGUCGGCAGUUCAGGAUACAUCCAAGCCCUCCUGGUGGUGCUGACGUGGCACCUCCCAUGGUGAUGUAUCCCCACACUGCUCCUGCCGCGGCUUGGGCUGCUGCUGCAGGAGGGGGAAGCGGAAGCCCCGUUAAGGGGAGUGGCAGCCCUGCUGACAGUCACAGCUACUCUCGAUACAGUCACAUUUCUCGUGGCAGCCCUCAGUACAGUCACAUCCUUCCAGAGAGCAAUCAGAUCCGUCAGUGCGGACAGGACAGCCCGCGAUAUGGAAGUGUCGCCGCUGCUAGGAGUGUCGUUGCGCCCCUGCCGCCGCCUUCACCUGCCAGCGCAUCGUCGCCACGUGGCGUGUUGAGAAGGAGCCCACGUGGACCCGCUUCAGGCAGGAUCAGCCCCGGUAGUAGCAGUUUCGUUACUAGCAGCUCGAUCAGCCGGAGCAAGACCAUGUACGCGUCAAAGUCGCCUCCAAUAUCCGUGGUGCCAAAAUGCCAAGAGGAGGAUUCAGAUGAGGCGGCUUGGGGACCACGGUUCGGAGGUUCGGGAAGAUCCGUCCGAUCCCCGGCCUCCGAACCUGGCUGGUCCAGGCGAUUCGCGUCAGUGGAUCUGGACGAAUGGGGCGCCGCCACGUAUGCACCGCGGUCGUCUCACGAACUAACCGACCCGUUCGAUGUGAGCUGUGCGUGCGAUGCGAAUGGCACCGCGUGGGACAAUAACUGGGAGUGCGACAGCGUUGCGACGGACACUUCUUCUCACGGACAGGCCGCGGAAGAUAUAGCGAUCUAUCGCAGCAGCAGCACCGGGCAUCGAUACCCUGUUGUGAUGUCCAGCAGCAUGAUCGGCAGCAGCGGCCAGCGCUCUUGCCAGUGGGACGACCCCUGCAGCCCUGCUGCUGCUGCUGCUGCUGCUGCUGCUUCAGCGCUGCAUGCCCCUCAUUCUGCCUCUUGUACCGCUCGCCACGGCUCGGGUCCUGCUCUGCAGGGCUCUGCUGCUGCUUCUCCGCACGUCCCGCAUGCUGCCCUUUCGAGGGACGACCGGCCCGGCGCGUCUCUCCCGCCCCCUGCGCGCCAAGGCAGCGGCUCAGCCCGGAAGCAGCAGCUAGUACCGACCCACAAGAGAUCUCACUCCGCUGCACCGCACUCCGCUGCACCGCACUCUGCUCAACCGCACUCCCACCCCAGUCACCCCGGUCACGGCAGUCUCACCAGAUACCUGCCUCAUCUCGAGAUCCCAGGGCAAACGGGUCAAGUGGGUCAAACCGUUUCGUUAUCCGCGAACGGGCACCGAAAAACCCACUCGCAUUCUGCUGCAUUGCAUGGCAACACCACACACCCGGGUCAACUGGGUCAGCUGAGUCACACCACUCACCCGGGUCGCCUGACGCCUCUUGAUCUGCCAGGUCUAACGAGUCAAGCGAGUCAAACGGGUCAAACGGCUUUCUCCCCUUCCAGCGCCUCGCCUUCUCACGGCCGCAGGCGCUGCAACCUUGCGCUGAAGCACACGGAGGAGGAGGAGGAGGCGAAGCAGCACAAGGGGCAGCAGCAGUUGGUGGGGGAAUGCAGCGUGGGCGUGGGCGUGGACGGCGGUGGUGGUGGCGAUGGUGAGUCGAGCGACUCAGAUGACGAUUUCAUCGGGCUCUACGCUGCUGUUGUGCGCAGCCGUGCUGGCGCUGGCAGCACGAAGGCGCGCGCUGGGGGCAUGAAUAUCGGUGCGGGCACUGGCAGCCUGAAGGCGUAUGUUAAGGUGGUGGAGCAGGGGGCAGGGGUGGUGGACCAGGGGGCAGGGGUGGUGGAGCAGGGGGCUCGGGCGGUGGAGCAGGGAGCAGGGGGCAUGGAUCAGCGGGCGGGCACUGGCAGCCUGAAGGUGAAUUCUAAGGUGGUUGCGCAGCGGGCCGGGUUGGUGGAGCAAUGUUGUGGGAGCAUGAGCAUGAACAUGAACAUGAACAUGAACAUGAACAUGAACAUGAACAUGAGCAUCCGUGCUGGCACUGGCAGCAUGAAGGCGCGUGCGGCCAAUUCACAGACUGUGGGAGACAGCCAUGCUGCGAGUAGGAGCAGCAGUGGAAGCAGUGCUGUAGGAGUGGGCAGCAGCGGCGCCGCCGGCAGCACAGCAGGCGAAAAUCACAGCUCAAUGCACCCGGCCAGCACAGCACAGAGGGGUGUGCUGGUCAGCAGAGUACAGAGAACGGCGUCUCGAGACGGGCCCAUUCUGCCUGCUGCUGCUGCUGCUGCUGCUGCUGCUUCAGCGAAUGGUGUGCUGGCCAGUGCUGCCGCAGAGAGGGAAGGGACGGAGGGAACGGAGCGGAGUGACGAGCGGAUGGAGCGGAGGGCGAGGAGGGAAGCGAGGAGAGCGAGAAAGGCCAUGGCGGCGCAAGCGGAGCUACCCCAGAAGGAGAUUUCGGAGUCGAACCAGAACUCGGUUCCCCCGCAGGAGGAGUGUCGGGCAGAGCGGAAUUCCCGGCGCAGCUUGACUAUCCGAAGCAGCCUCUCUUUGGCCAGCAGUAUCCGAACCAGCAUCAGCGGCAGCCUCGGAGGACGGUGGGCGCGGCGGCUUAGGCGGAGUAUUAGCAGUGGGAAUGGCAGUAGUAGCGGGAAUGGCAGCGGGAAGAGGGGAGGUGGGGAGGGCGAGAUGGGUGAUGCUGAGGGGGAGGAAGGGGAUGAAGGGGAGGAAGGUGAAGAAGAGGGGAGUGAACAGUGGAGUGAACAGGGGAGUGGUAACGGGAGUGGUAAGGGGAGUGGAAAAGGGAGGGAGAAUAGGGAGUAA